CUGCUCAACAGUUACGCUUUGUCCUCCAGCUGUGACUCUUUCGCCGACCACAACAGCUACUGCGAGGCUGUCAUGGCGACGCCUUUUGGACUGGGCAUGUCAAUCACCAUAGUCGGGAAAGGAGGCAACAACCAGCUCCUUGGCUUCAUUGCGGUGUCGCCCUUACAAUCACCUUCACCGAUAAGCCUUAUCCUAACCUCUAAUUAUCCAUGGCGUCCUUCAACGGAAACGUGACGUUCUUAGGCGUCGGCAACAUGGGCACGGCGGCGAUCCAAGCCCUUCGCAAGGCGUCGCAUCCCGUGACUAUCUGGAACCGCACCAAGUCUCGUCCUCAAGUCCAGGCCGCCAUCGACGCCGGCGCAACCUUUGAGCCGGACCUCGCCCAGGCGCUGUCAAGGAGCGGCGUGAUCGUUCUCUGUCUUCUCGACUACGCCACCAUCACCAAGAUCUUCUCGUCGAUUGGCGAGCCCGGAGCUGUCCUGAAGGGCAAGUCCGUCAUCAACCUCACCAACGGCACCCCGAAGGAGGCUCGCGAGAUGGAAACGUACUUCACGUCCCUCGGCACCAUCGUCUACCUCGACGGGGCCAUCAUGGUUACUCCGCAGAUGGUUGGCGGCCCUCACGCAUUCCUCUUCCUCAGUGGUGGCCAGGGGAGCACUGAAACCCCCGACGGCGCCACAUCCCGCCUCGUCGAGCUUGUCUCACCCAUCGGCAAGCCUGACUACCUCGGUGCCGAUGUCGGUGCGGCCUCUCGGUACGACCUUGCCUCCCUCGCGCCCAUGUACGGCAUGUUCGCCGGCGGCUUCCUGGGCAUGGCACUCCUGAAGCGAGGGAACCCCAAUGCCAAGCUGGUGCCUGUCGUUCAGGAGAAGAUUGUGCCCAUGAUCGCUGCACUAGUUCCGUAUAUGACGGGCAUUGCGCGUGCGUGGGACGCCGAGGACUGGGUGGAGAAUGAUGGGAAUCCGGUUGGCAUGAUGGCGGUGGGCGUGCAGAACAUACUGGCUGCCGCGGCCGACGAGGGAGUUGACGGGACAGUGUUGGAGGAAUUUGGGGGCUUGAUGGAGAAGGUGGAGAGAGACCAUGGAUACGAUGCGGGUAUUGCGGCUGUGGGCACUUACCUGAUGAAGUGAAUGAGACGGGGAAGGGACCGUGGCGCUCGAGACCCCGGCAGUGCUUCACCAUAUGCGUGGACCUUGUGGGCUCUACCAACUCACUAGCAUAUGCAUGGAUUGUAUGAACCGUACAUAUGAACUGUUCCCGUCCAUUAAUUCCAGGUAACAACGGGCAGUCGCGGGUGACGAGAUGGAACGACCCAGCCUCGAGUAAUUCCAAGAGAAGGAACUCAUAGUCCGUGCAACCGUCGAGAUGGCUCUUCGAAGGACUUCACCCACUCGGCAGGCUCCAAAGCCGCCGGACUCCUCAUGCCAAUCGUCUGACUGGCGUCUUUCAGCUCCUUGAUCAUGCGUCCUCGGUCACGCAUCUGGGCUGCGGCCAAUUCACGCAGGAAUUCCA